AUGAAACAAAAAACGUCACCCACCAUAAACCGCCGCCACCUGCUGGAAAUCAUCACCACAGUCACCACUCCCGGUGCCACCCUCUUUCUCUUUUUUCUGAUCUGGGCAACAGAGAAGACGAAGAACUCCCAUUCUCUCUCUCCCCCUCCGUCGUUCUUGACAGCGCCAUCGUCUUCGAAUCAGACCUGUUCGUCUCCGAAGACGGUGGGGAGUUGGAGCUCAGAAGAAGAUGGUCGUGUUACAGAUCUUCGGUGUUCCAGAUCUACGACGAAAAGAUCUUCAAACAAGAUCGGCGAGAAAGGGUUUCACAGCAAAACUCCAACAAAAUCAGAAAGAGAUGUUUUAACGUCGAGUAGGCAACGCCGGAGAAGGAGAGAGACGGUGGAGAGAAAGAGAGACGGAGUGAAGAGAGAACAAUGGUUGUGGUGGCGGUUUCAGGGUGGUGUUGGUGGUUCAGGUCGCGUUCCGGUGAGAAGAGGGAGAUCCGGCGAGAAGGGCGAUGGUCCGACAGUUCAACCUUUGUCGGAGUCGGAGAGUGAGCCCCCCCACCUCCACUCCCUCCUUGUUGCUAUCACACUCUGGAGUAGAUUGGCAUCUUCUUCUUGGUCCUUAUAUUGCUCUCAUUUUCGUUUUCUUGAAAUAAAGGUAUUCAAACUUAAACCUCAAGAAAUCCAAGAAAAUACGUGGGAUUGUUCCAAUUCAAACAAAGAUGUCAACUUUUUACCAAGAUACUGUGGAUUAAAAUAUAGGGUUUUCACAUUUUUCACAUAUUACCUUUUCAUUCAAGAAAAAAGAUUUUUAGUCCAAUCAUUAAUCUCCACAUAUAGUGCUCUGAAGAAGUUUCGUUGA